AUGCCAUUCUCUGGCAAACACUCAUGCACUCUUCUCUACAUCCUCACACUCUCCCUCCUCGCCCUCUACACCACCCUCCGCCGCCGCCGUCCCUAUUAUCGCGAUACAUUCCUCUCCUCCGCUAGCAACUACACCAUCGCCGCCUACCUGCGCCACCUCACCCUUCGACCCCACCUAGCCGGCACCCCUCUCUCCCUCUCCACCGCCCUCUACGUUCAAUCCCACUUCCAAUCCCUUGGCCUAACCACUCAUCUCACAAACUUCUCUGUCCUCCUCUCCUACCCCCAGCACUCCUCUCUGUCCGCGCGUUUUAGCGACGGCAGUGUUCUCCCCGUUGCCCUCUCCGAACCCACCGUCCCCCAAAAUGGCGUUGUGGCGCCAUACCACGCGUACUCCCCCUCCGGCUCGGCGUACGGCGAGGCGGUGUUCCUGAACUACGGCAGGGAGCAGGACUACCAUGCGCUGGGUGCUCUGGGGGUGGUUGUUAAGGGUUGUGUGGGAAUAGUUCGGCGGGGUUCGGGGAUGUCGAGAUACGAGGUGGUGGCAAAUGCUGCGGCCCACGGGGUGUCGGCGGUGCUUAUGUACACCGAGGGUGAGUAUAAAGAAGGUGUCGAGAGGGGGACUGUCAUGAACGGUCUGGGGGACCCACUUACUCCUGGUUGGGCCGGAAUUGAAGGCGGCGAGAAACUUGACUUAAAUGAUCCGCGAGUGACGGAGAAAUUUCCAGCGGUGCCGUCGUUGCCGGUGUCGGAGGCGGCGGCCGAGAGUAUAAUUAGGUCGUUGGAGGGGGCAGGAGUGCCUUUUGAGUGGAGGGAGAGUUUCAAGAUUGGUGGUAGAAGAAUCAGGCGGGUGGGGCCCGGCCCGACUAUGCUGAAUUUUACAUACGAGGGUGAGCAAAAGAUGACAACCAUCCAUAAUGUCUUUGCGGUCAUAAAGGGAUCAGAAGAACUGGAUCGCUCUGUGCUUCUAGGCAACCAUAGAGAUGCAUGGACGUUUGGGGCUGUCGACCCUAAUAGCGGAACUGCUACUCUACUUGACAUUGCCCGUCGACUUGCUCUUCUUAUGCGCUUAGGUUGGAACCCGAGAAGAACAAUCAUUCUUUGCAGCUGGGAUGCAGAAGAAUUUGGGAUGAUUGGGUCAACUGAAUGGGUUGAGCAAAACCUUGUGAAUCUUGGCUCCAAAGCAGUGGCUUACCUUAAUGUGGACUGUGCUGCUCAAGGCCCUGGUUUUUUCGUUAGCGCAACCCCGCAGCUAGAUGAUCUUCUCGUUGAAGUAACGAAGCAGGUCAAAGAUCCCGAGUCGGAGGGUUUAUAUUUAUAUGAACGGUGGGCAGCUGCCAACAAAGGUGUCAAUAAGAUUCAAAGACUUAGCAGAGUUGAUUCAGAUUUUGCUCCAUUUUUGCAUCACGCAGGCGUUCCUUCUGUUGAUUUAUACUUCGGAAGUGAUUUUCCAGUUUAUCACACGGCUUUUGACUCCUAUGAUUGGAUAGUGAACUUUGGCGACCCCUCAUUUCAGCGGCAUGUAACAGUGGCAGGAAUAUGGGGACUUAUUGCACUUCACCUUGCUGAUGACCCGAUUCUGCCAUUUAACUACCUCUCUUAUGCUACUGAAUUGCAGGAGUAUAAAAAUGUACUGACCACAUUGGUGGGAACCGUCUCAUUGGAUCCCAUUGCUGCUGCCAUCCAAGAAUUCAUAGCCGCUGCAAAUGAGACUGAGGAAGAAGCCCAGAAACUGAGGGUGGAUCAAAACGUAGAUGAAUCUACAGUGUUGAGAAGGCGCAUGUUAAAUGAUCGAUUGAUGCUGACUGAAAGAGGCUUCUUAGACACAGAGGGGCUUCGCGGAAGGCAGUGGUUCAAGCAUCUUAUAUACGGACCUCGAGGGGAUACAGAGAGCAAGAUUGCAUUCUUUCCUGGAAUAGGUGAAGCAAUGUCAGGAAGAAUGAAUGAGGAAGAACGGGAGGCAACGAUCAGGCAUGAGAUAUGGAGAGUUGCGAGGGCCAUCGAAAGAGCAGCCAUUGCAUUGAGAGGUGAAUUGAGGUGAGAAGGAUGAUUGAAGGGGCAAAGGAGAAGAUGUAGCCAUAAUGUACAGAACAGUGAAAAUGAUAAUCCGGUUGUGAUAGAAAGGACAGAGGAGGGGGAGGGGAUGGGGAUGGAUGGUGUAUAAAUAUGUUGGAAAAUAAUUAUUUGAUGCAUCAAAGUUUAGAUUUAUAUUCUUUCAGAUCAGAAGAAACAAAAAAUUAAUUGCCAUUCCUUUUUCCUCGUUA